AUGAUCCGGGCCUUCUCGUUCCCGGUGAGCCCCGAGAGGGGCCGGCUGCGGGGCUGGCUGGAGGGCAGCCUGGCUGGGCUCUGCGAGUUGCACUGGCUCCGGGAGAGACAGGAGUACCGCGUGCAGCAGGCGCUGCGGCUGGCCCAGCCCGGAAUGGGGGGCGUUGAGGCCGAGGACGAGGAGGACGCCGAAGAGGACGAAGAUGCGGCGGCGGCGCGCCGGGCCGCAGCGGCCCUGGAGGAGCAGUUGGAGGCCCUGCCUGGGCUCAUCUGGGACCUGGGCCAGCAGCUGGGAGACCUGAGCCUGGAGUCUGGGGGCCUGGAACAGGAGAGUGGGCGUAGCUCAGGCUUCUAUGAAGACCCCAGCUCCACAGGAGGUCCAGACUCACCGCCCUCGACCUUCUGUGGAGACAGUGGCUUCUCCGGAUCUGGCUCCUAUGGACGCCUGGGUCCCUCUGAACCCCGGGGUAUCUAUGCCAGCGAGAGGCCCAAGUCCCUAGGAGAUGCCAGUCCUAGUGCUCCGGAGGCUGUGGGCGCUCGGGCAGCGGUGCCGCGGUCCUUCUCGGCGCCCUACCCGACGGCGGCGGGGUCUGCGGGCCCGGAGGCCUGCUCCUCGGCGGAGCGGCGGGCCCGAGCGGGGCCCUUCCUGACCCCCAGCCCUCUGCACGCCGUGGCACUGCGCAGCCCGCGGCCCUGCGGCCGCCCUCCUGCCGAUUCGCCCGACGCGGCGGGCGCAGGGCGGCCCCUGGACGGCUACAUUUCGGCGCUCCUGCGCAGGCGCCGCCGCCGGGGGGCGGGCCAGCCCCGAACCAGUCCCGGGGGCGCGGACGGGGGCCCGCGGCGCCAGAACAGCGUGCGCCAGCGGCCGCCGGACGCGUCCCCGCCCCCCGGAGGCGCGCGGCCCGCGACCGAGCCCUCGGUGGAGCGCGCCGGGGGCCGUCCCACCAGCCCCGCCGCCUUGAGUCGCGCCUGGGCCUCCCCGUGGGAGUCAGAGGCGGCUCCCGAGCCGGCCGCGCAGCCCGUUGCCCCCUCGCCCCCCGACAGCCCUGCCGAGGGCCGCCUGGUGAAGGCUCAGUACAUCCCAGGCGCGCAGGCCGCCACCCGCGGCCUCCCUGGUCGCGCGGCGCGCCGCAAAGCGCCGCCACUGACCCGUGGCCGCAGCGUGGAGCAGUCACCACCGCGGGAGCGUCCCCGGGCCACGGGCCGCCGUGGACGCAUGACGGAGGCCUCGGGCCGCCGGGGUUCUCCCAGGGCUCGCAAGGCUGCGCGCUCCCAGUCUGAGACCAGCCUGCUGGGCCGCGCCGCCGCGGUUCCUCCCGGCGCCCCCAAGUACCCUACAGCGGAACGGGAAGAGCCUCGGCCGCCGCGGCCCCGCCGCGGUCCAGCGCCCACGCUCGCGGCUCAGGCCGCAGGGUCCUGCCGCCGCUGGCGCUCCACGGCCGAGAUCGACGCUGCCGAUGGGCGCCGCGGCCGGCCCCGCGGCCCCGCGGCCCGCGGUCCAGGGCCUGGCCCGUCCCCGUCAGCUCCUCAGCGUCGUCUGCUCUACGGCUGCGCGGGCAGCGACUCGGAGUGCUCGGCUGGGCGCCUGGGGCCUCUCGGACGCCGGGGGCCUGCAGGCGGCGUUGGCGGCGGCUACGGGGAGAGCGAAUCGAGCGCCAGCGAGGGCGAGUCGCCUGCCUUCAGCUCUGCGUCCAGCGACUCAGACGGCAGCGGUGGCCUCGUGUGGCCUCAGCAGCUAGUGGCGGCCACCGCGGCCUCCGGGCCAGGGGGUGGUGCAGGUGGAGGGGCGCCCGCGGGCCCCGCCAAAGUCUUUGUGAAGAUCAAGGCAUCCCACGCGCUGAAAAAAAAGAUACUGCGUUUCCGCUCGGGUUCUCUCAAGGUCAUGACUACCGUGUGA